CAGGCGAGGUCCUCCUUAGUGCUGCCGUCCGGCGUCGGGACACGCGCCCGGCACGGGACAUUGCGCGCGGCGCCUCAGGCAGCGCGGCGGGCAGCCCCGGCUCCGGCGCGCCGCGAUUGUGGGAAGACCCCGGCGCCAGCGGUGGCGCAGAGCCGGUGGACGCGGCGGUUGCGACAGCGACGGGCUGUACGAGCGAGUUCGCUGCUAGAACGUGAGACGCGCUUCUUCGGCGGGGCUCCGGCGCUGGCUGGUUGUUGGGCGGCCGGCGCCAUGUCUGUGAGCGAGAUCUUCGUGGAGCUGCAGGGCUUUUUGGCUGCCGAGCAGGACAUCCGAGAGGAAAUUCGAAAAGUUGUACAGAGUUUAGAACAAACUGCUCGAGAGAUUUUGACUCUGCUUCAAGGGGUCCAUCAGGGCACAGGGUUUCAGGACAUUCCAAAGAGGUGCUUGAAAGCGCGAGAACAUUUUGGUACGGUGAAGACGCAUCUGACGUCUCUGAAGACCAAGUUCCCCGCUGAGCAGUACUACAGGUUUCACGAGCACUGGCGGUUUGUGCUCCAGCGCCUUGUCUUCCUGGCGGCCUUCGUAGUGUAUUUGGAAACAGAGACCCUGGUGACUCGAGAGGCGGUUACGGAGAUUCUUGGCAUUGAACCAGAUCGGGAAAAAGGAUUUCAUUUGGAUGUGGAAGAUUAUCUCUCAGGAGUUUUAAUUCUUGCCAGUGAGCUGUCGCGGCUGUCUGUCAACAGUGUGACGGCCGGGGACUACUCUCGGCCCCUUCACAUCUCGACUUUCAUCAACGAGCUGGAUUCAGGCUUCCGCCUUCUCAACCUGAAAAACGACUCGCUGAGGAAGCGGUACGAUGGCCUGAAGUACGACGUGAAGAAAGUAGAGGAGGUGGUCUAUGACCUUUCCAUUCGUGGCUUUAAUAAGGAGGCGGCGGCGGCUGGUGGUGAAAAAUAGAAGCUUCUCCCUGCGCUGGCCUUGCCGACCCGGCCUUUGCUAGGGAGGGUAGCACGGUGCCUCUUCUGUAGUUAGCACGCCAGUUGCUAAACACUGCGCUUUAUUUUCGUAACCAGCUGUGUGGUGUGCGUAUCAGAAUUGAGAUACUUUUUGGAUAUAUAAAAGCCCUUUCCACGGAUAGGAUUUUUGUUGAAGUUUCAGUGAACUUGCUGUGUACUUUGUUGUAUUCCCAUUUUGUCGAAAGUGUAAAUGUCGGUCUCUUGGUAAAAGUCCUUUUCUUGCUUACCGGACUGUUGAUGUGAUUAACAAGUUUGUUGUCUUGUUUGUAAUUCUUCCAGAAGUGACCCAUGUUUUCUAGGUCCGAGUUCGUGCUCCAUUCCCAGUCCUAGCCUGGAUAUAGUGUGAGACUAGACAAGGGAACUUUAUUUUCCCCUUUUUAUUGUAAGUCGUGUAAAUUAGUUAAGGUGUUUUUUUUUGCUGAGAAAAUUAGAGGCCCUGAUUCCUUCACUGCCAUGAGAAUACAGCAGAUGGAGCUGCACAGUCCAGCUCAGCAAGGCCAGUUUAGAAAGCCCUUCUCUGAAGUGAUGUCUGUUUGCUCAGAGCACCUUGUCUUCUGAGGCCAGCUUACGUCCUGCCUGCCGUAGCGAUUUUGGUCUCCACACCUGUCGUGAGCUAACACCUGUGUGCUGUACCCGUGAGCCAUGAGACCUUAGACCUGGUCUGGGAGUAGAAAGCCAUCCUCAUGCAUUCAUCCCUUAGCUGUACCCAAGGAGCGUCUUCUUACAGAAAGCAGUGCUGUUUGGUGUGGAAGAAAGUAAAACUUGGCUUUAAAAAUUCCAUGUGAUUGGUAGUAUUUUUUGGAAUAAGAAAUUUCAGGUUUUGAGGCUAUCAGUACCUUUUAAAUGUGUAGUUCAUGGUAGUCAUGUAAACCCUGUGAACUCCGACCCUUCUCCUCUUUAGAUAGUAUAAGAAUGCAUAUCUGGUCGUUCCUGGGGCAGGACUGAAAUUGUUAAUAGUCACAGCUGGUGAUGUAGCUCAGUGGUAGAAUAGAACACUUGCCCGGCAGGGGUGAGGCCCUGGGUCCAUCCCUGGGACGUAAAAAAACAAAAAGCCCAAAAUCCAAUGAACAAAAAUACCCUACUUUUUUUUGUACCCUGUGAAAGGAAGCUGCUGGUAUUUCCAGUAAAAUAGGAAGUAUUUAGGAAUGUCCCCUUUCUUGCUUGAUAAUAGUUUGGGCUUCUUGUUUGUGCAGUGGGAUAUUUGGCACUGGCUUUUAUCAGGUGGUGGUUUAAGGCUGACUGGAAAGUGGGGCCUGAGAGUGCAGGUCUGUACUCCAGCUCUCAGGAGGCUAAGGCAGGAGGAUGGCAAAUUCAGGCCUCAAGGAUUGCCUGGCUAAUUGAGUGAGACCUUGUGACAUAAACAACCUAGAAGACGAGGGUGUUUCAGUGACUGUGUCUUCAUAGCAUGUUCGAGGCCUAGGUUCAGCCCCUCAUUUUGCAGUGGGUUGAGGCAAGGCUGACCUUAAUCCCCAUCGCAGGGAAAGAGCAGGGAUGAGAUGUGAUUGCUCUGUGUGGUUGGGCGUGGAGACCAGCUUUCUUCAUGGUCCUUUUUGUGGGGUUAGAAUAGGUUAUUAGGCUAUUUUUUGUUAGUUUGGCUUUGAGACAGGGAAAUAGUCCAGGCUGGCCUGGGACUCACACCUCUGUUUCCACCUCCUGAGUACAGGUUUAGGCUCUUGAAAGUGUCCAGGAAGGUUGUUAAAAUGCUCAGUGUUAGCACAGGCUGGACUGAGUAGGUUUUUUGGCUGCGCGCUCAGAGACAGGAGGUUCCCCAGGUCCUUGCUUUGUUGCUCAGGUGUGGGUUCUGCUGGAGACAUUAAAGCUCUUGCCAAACGGUCUAGAUUUCCCUAUUCAGAGACAGAGGGUGUGAUGUCCCACCUGUAAUGUUGUCUAGACUGGGCUCAACCUCCUGGGCUCAAAUCCUCCUCCUGCCUCGGCCUGCCAAGCAGCUGGGACUCUCGCCAGUGCUGCUGCACCUCCCUAACUCUUGAACUUGAGUUCUAACAGUGCAGUGAAAUUGCACUUAGAGCGAAGGCGUACCUCUGGUGUUGUAAUUCCAUCGGAGAGUUUUGAAGCGUCAUGUUGAUAAUUGGUUGUGUUCAUUGCUGGCUUGUAAAGCAAUAAAACUGUUGUUGGUCCCUUUGUAACUUAGUGUGCUUCAGUUUGAGCUCUCCUCCGUGGAGAAUUAACUGCUGAUGUUUCUCUGAGGGUGAAGGAGCCCAGAGUGGUCAGCAUGUGCUGCUGUGUGACAGUGACUCUCUGGCCACUCCUGGGCUCUAUUGUGAAGUACAGGCAAUGUCUGGAAUCUACCUCUACCAGGAGAUUAAAGGUAUUUGAAUUGAAGAUGUCAAGAAACUUUGCCUCUGGUUUUAGUUUAUCUUUGUUUUGAUGACCCGUGGAUUAAACCCAGGGCCUCACAUAUGCUAAACGUUCAUUCUACCACUGAGAUACACAGCUCCCAGAAUUAUUCUUCGUUUAUUUUUUUGAGACAGGGUCUCAUGGAGCCCAGACGGCCUUCAGUUUGCUGUGUAGCUGAGGAUUAUUUAGACUUCUGAUCUUCCUGCCUCUAGUUCCUGAGUGCCAGGCUUUCAGGUCUGAUUCCCAGUGCUGUCCUGCUGGGGAUCGAGUCCAGGGCUUUGUACAUGCUAGGCAAACACUCUACCAACCAUGGAUAGCCUCAGCCUCAACUGUGCUUUAAUUCUAGGAAUCCAGGGCAGCCGAAGAGAUCAUGGCUCUUUCAUGCUGUCCCAGCGCAGCCUGGAUGCCGAGACUAGCGGGGGUGCCGGGAUUGAGACACGGAGCCUUCUUUUCAGGUGGAAGAACAGCAAUCUUUAUUUUGCCCUGAGUCUUUUAUACCUCUCCUGCUUCUGUGGAAAACCACUGGCCAGAAAGAACACAAACAUCCUUGUCAAUUAUAGGCCACAAGGAAGUUUCGCUGUCGGUCAGGGGGAGUGAGGGCAGCUAGACCACAACAUUUCAGAGGACCUGCAUUGGCUGUCCAGUACCCAUGUCAGUCUGGUGGCUCAACUGCCUGUAACUGCAGCUUCAGGGAUGCCAGGAACUGUGAUCUCUCUUCUGGCUUCCUUGGGCAAUCGCAUGCACAUUCGUUUACUCCUACACAGUACACAUGCAUACGUAUAAUUAAAAAUAAAACUCAAAAACAACAACAGAA